UGUGGAGUGCACCGGGAUUUAGACCUCCUCUUCCUCUGCUCUCAAAUGCCAACAACAACGGCAGCCGUCGAAGAAGCAGCUGCAGUACACGCAGUCUGAAUAGUGAAACAGAAGAAGAAAUCCCUUUCCAACUGAGGCUCAACUUCCCCGGUCCUUUGGGAUCAUGGCUAAAGAUGCUGGUCUAAUAGAAACGAAUGGAGAGCUGAAGGUUUUCAUUGAUCAGAAUCUGAGCCCCAGCAAAGGUGUCCUGUCUUUGGUUGCUGUCCAGCCUGCCACCGCCCCCGUGGCCAAACAGCUUUUGCCUAAAACGCUUGGGCCGUCCAACGUGAAUAUUGCUUCACACAUGCAGCAUUUGCCACACAUGGUGAUUGGGACACCUCAGAGGGCAACAGUAUCCAAUACUAUACUGGUAAACAGCCCCCACACACCCAAUUCCCAGUUCCUCACUCAGACUCAACCUUCUGACACCUCUCCUUGGUCGUCAGGGAAACGUGGCAAGAAAGGCGAGAAGAAUGGGAAGGGCUUGAGGCAUUUCUCCAUGAAAGUGUGCGAGAAGGUGCAGAAGAAGGGAGUCACCACCUACAACGAGGUAGCAGAUGAGCUGGUGGCAGAAUUCAGCUCGGGCGACAACCUCAUGUCACCCAACGACUCGCAUGUGUAUGACCAGAAGAACAUUCGACGGCGUGUGUACGACGCCCUCAACGUCCUCAUGGCCAUGAACAUCAUCUCCAAAGAGAAGAAAGAGAUCAAGUGGAUUGGCCUGCCCACCAACUCGGCGCAAGAGUGCCAAAACCUCGAGGUGGAGCGACAGAGGCGUCUGGAGAGGAUCAAACAGAAACAGUCGCAGCUUCAGGAGCUCAUACUACAGCAAAUAGCCUUCAAGAACCUGGUUCAGAGAAACCGACAGAGCGAGCAGCAAGCGAACAGACCUCCACCGCCCAACUCCAUCAUCCACCUACCCUUCAUCAUCGUCAACACCAGCAAGAAAACAGUGAUCGACUGCAGCAUCUCCAAUGACAAGUUUGAGUACUUGUUCAACUUUGACAGCAUGUUUGAGAUCCACGACGACAUUGAGGUGCUGAAGCGUAUGGGCAUGGCUUGUGGUUUGGAGGUGGGCAAGUGUUCUCCGGAGGACUUGAAAGUCGCACGGAGCCUGGUGCCCAAAGCUUUGGAGCCCUAUGUGAUCGAGAUGGCAAAGGGACCCAUCAGUAACGUCUACAUCACUGGAGGGUCCUCUGCGAAUGGAGCCCGUUACACAGCCAGCGACGGCUGCCCUGACGGCACCAUGGCUUCCAGCUCGAACGACUCUCACUACAGCGGCUCUCGCGUGGAGACCCCGGUGUCCUACAUGGGUGAUGAGGACGAUGAGGACGAGUAUGACGAGAAUGAUGAUGAAGACUAACCUGUGUACGCCUCGCCACUUCAAUAAGCACAGUCUCUCAAAUGCGCCACCAUGGGAACGUAGUUCCCCCACCCCCCACUGCCUCCUUCGCCCUCCCCCGUCCCUCUCCCAUGCCUGUUUUUCUGUCUGGCUUUCUCAGGGCUGUAGAUGAGGAUUGAAAGAACGAGGGGGGCCGUGCGUCAAGUGCCCCCUUGUCUCUUGAAUCACUUGUACGUUCACCGCAUCUCUGGAGGAGGGUUUUGUCUCGGGAACUGUAGCGCGUGGCCUGACCUAAAAAGCUGAAGUCGUUGUGUGUUUAGCUCAUUUUUCUCUAAGCCAUCCCAUGAGAAACAAAACAGCUGUUGGAGAAUUACAAAAAAAAAAAAAAAAAAAAUGUACCGUUGUGCUGCUGUUCCCUAUGGCAACAUGAUGAUCUUUAUUGUUCAACGAUGGCCAAAGUAUUUGCUCAAACAUGCCGCCAUGAAUUCACAAUGGCUCGAUAAAGUUGGCAUCCUACGAUGGGGCUCCAUCAUAUGUGUUGAUGUUUUUGUUUUUGUUUUGUUCUGGGCAAGAGGUUGAGAUGGUUCUUCCAAUUUCUCACUGUAUUGAGCUGGCUGGCUUCUGUUCUUGUAGGAAACUGCUUCCUUUACCUUAUUUGCUAGUUUUGUUUUUUGUAUUGCGCAGUUGAGGAAUUCUUAUGUGGGCCGUGUGUGACACCUUGGUAGUGUUUACAAAAUAAUGGCACGAGCAAGGUAAUGAUUUCCUAACCCAGGUUCCUGAUAGGUAAAUAAGAUUUGUUAAUGACAUGUAUGAACCCUGUUGAUGAUUGUAGCUGAUAGUAUCCUUUAGAGGCCAGUGAUAACGAUACUAGACCAUCAAACAAUAUCCAUGUAACUGUGUUUUUGUAUAGGUCUUUAUGUACUUCCAUCAAAGAUCUCCCUUUUAAAGCUGAGCAACACAUUGUACUGACUUCCAAAUACCUUUUUCUGUAAUCUAAUAUAAGUUUUCAAAUUAAAUAUAGAUUGUUUUAAAAGUUCCUGUAAAUGGUCUGAAUAAUUUGCAAUUAAGACAGUGGGUUUAUUUGGGGAU